CAACCUUGUCAGAUCCAAGAGGAUCGUAAUGUGGGAUGCCUGUGCUGUGUAUCUGGUCCACUCAGUACUAUUGUCUAUACUGACAGAGGAGGUUACUGUCCAGGAGAAUCUAUUGGUGUCUCUGCAGUCAUUAAUAAUAAUUCAAAAAAUGAGAUUAUUGGGCUGGAGAUACAGCUUAUUCAACACACUGUCCUCAUUGCUUCUGGUGGUGAGUAUAAGAACCAACGUCGCGCUUAAGAACAAGUCCAGAACAAAUUAUUAAUUAAUAGUCAAUUUAAUUAUUUGAUUCAGUAUUUGCAUCAACACUGUUUUGAAUUGCAGUGGGAACUGCACAAAAUUUUUAAGUUAUAAGGGUGUGAAAUGUACACCAGAGUGAUUGACGGAGUUUUGUAAGGAGGUUAUAACGUUUGACUCGUUUUGGAUUUACUAUGGUGUGACCACAGGUAGCCCAAACUUACUAUAAGAGCCCUGAACAACAUUAAUUAUUCAUACGACAACAGUUAUAAGACGUUGUAUGAAAAUUAUCUGAUUUCUCUAUAAUUGAGCGAAACGUACCUUACCCAGUACAUUGCCCAGUAGGCUAAAUGCUCCAAUUGUCCUUUGACGGUUGAACAAUUUGACCUUGCCAGCCCGCAUCGGUUUGAAAUUGUUGACUUGACGGUUGGAGUCCGUUGCGGGUCUGCUCUCGACUCGCCUACCCACGGCCGUGUAUCAUCCACUUCGUUGGCGAUUUAGGACCUUCAAAAUGGGAAUUUUGGCGAUGUGAAUGAUGGAAAAUGUGCGUUAUUUAUCAGGACAUCUGUUUCUGGCGGAAUUGUCUCCAUGUCGCAAAUAAUACGGAAUUUAUCGCCGCCGAGAGCGGAGCCGGUCAAGAGAGGUUUUCCAACCUUCUCUUCUCUUCUUUCUAUUGUCAUCUGGGUGAAAAACUGUCCCUCAAAAAAAGACAUUAAACAGUGCCUAGGAGGUCUGAAAUGCAGUCAGAAUACAAGAAAAACAAUUAGACGUUAAAGGAGAACUUUAAAGCGAUAUUCAAUGUACAUUUUGCUAAUUUAGUGAGCAAAGAAUAUUUCUCCAUACAAGGUCUUAUAAUUUUCUUGCGGUAUGAAUAAUUAAUUAGCUUGUUGUUUUCGCGUUCUUGGCAUCCUAAGAGGCCUGAGACGCAGUCAACACACAAAUAAACGUAACAAAAUACUAAAAGGAAAAAUUUCAUGUACGUUUGGCUCAGUUAUAGAGAAAUCAGAUAAUUUUCAUAAAACGUCUUAUAACUGUUGUCGUAUGAAUAAUUAAUUAGCUAGGUAGGAUAAUAUUGUUCAGGGCUCUCAUAAUAAGCUUGGGGUGCCUGUGGUGUGACCAUUAAAAUUGAAACUUUUGGCAGAUGACUUUCGAUUCACAUGAUACUAUUUGUCAGGUCUGGGUGGAUUAUAAUGAGUGAAAACACUUAAGAGUAGGGACCUUACAUAUAAGCGUAUUGAUCAAGUCCUUAAUACACAAGAAAGCUUCACCUCUAGUUAUUUAUGUUUAUUUAAUGGAGUUGAAAUCAUGCUCCGAUUUGGCUGAACUGUCGAACACCCAGCUACUUUGAAGCAAUACCCCUAAAACAGUGGCUCGUGGCUACAUAGCCACGUAGCCAUGUAGCCACUUAGCCGCAAGACAGCUUUCCCUCUGCUGUUGCUCUUACUUUGCAAACCACAAAAUAAAAACAAACCAUGCGUCCCAUAGCCACGUAGCCACUGUUUUAGGGGUAUAGGUUAGAAGCGGGCUGCAGUUACUCCCAUGAUUUUUAUCUUCAUCAUCACCAUCAUCAAUUUCAUUAUUUUCUAGGACAAAAAAGACUCUGGGAUGAUAAGGUUGCAUCCAUUCAUCAAGAAGGAGUGAAGCCUGGGGAAGAGACUCACAUGCCAAUGGUACCACUUCCAGUCCCCUCUCUGCCCCCAACCACGACGAGUUGCAGUUGCAUAAAGAUAUCAUAUUUUCUACGGGUAAUUUACCCAUUUUCUGUCCAUUUGGCUGCAUUUUUUGUGAUGACUGUCAUUUGCUACCUUGCCAACAUUUUCCAUUAAGUGAAACCAGCCGUAGGUGUUCUGGUUUGAAUGACAGGACUUGCAUUUGGGGUGAAUUCAUCUGGUGAUGGAAUGUUUUUAGUACAGCUAAGAACUGCUGUUAUGUGCCAUGUAAGGGAACACUGAUUCCAGAAUCCGAGAAAAUUUUUCUUAUGGAAUCCAGAAUCCAAGUUCUACUGACAAAUACUGGAACCAGUACCUGGAAUCCGGAUCCACAGCGUGGAAUCCAGAAUUCAAGGCUGUCCUAGAUACCCUUACAUAGGGCGACCUGUUACUCAAACUAUAAUUUUUCCUGCUAGCAGAGACCUCACAUGGUGGGAAAAAAAACAGAGAAAUAAGAUAGUCCUCUCUCCGUCAUCCUUUCAUUUUUCUUUUGCCUUGAAACCUCUGCUAGCAAGGAGCAAUUACACCUUAAAGUGUCGAGGUUUGUUUCAUUCAUUAGCAAGCGAAUCCUGAAAAUGCUCAAAAAAGCUGAGUUGGAUAGGCCAAUAGAAAAUUAUUCUCCCUAUUGUAUUUCUCAGACAUUUUCUCAGGUUUUUUCAUCGCUGCAUUGCAAUCCACAAGUGUCUUAUUGGAGAAACCGAUUUCAACUUUAAUUUUACUAAAAGUCAAGCUGUUCAUUCAUAUAAUACAAGACGCUCUAAUGAUAUUCGCUUACCCCUAAGAGGAGGUUACUGUCCAGGAGAAUCUAUUGGUGUCUCUGCAGUCAUUAAUAAUAAUUCAAAAAAUGAGAUUAUUGGGCUGGAGAUACAACUUAUUCAACUCACUGUCUUCAUUGCUUCUGGUGGUGGGUAUAAGAACCAACAUCACACUUACGAACAAGUCUAGAACAAAUGAAAUAAAUUAAAUUAAUUAAUAGUCAACUUAAUUUGAUUUAGUACUUGUUUCAGAACUGUUUUGAAUGGCAUUCACUGUGGGAACUGGACAAUAUUGUAGUUAUAAAGGUGUGAAAUAUAUGAACCUUUUCACCAGAGUGAUUGACUGAGUUUUGAAAGGAAGUUAUAACAUUUGAGUCUGUUUUUGAUUUACUAUGGUGUGACCAUUAAAAUGAAAACUUUUGGCAGAUGAGUCCUUACUACACAAGAAAGCUUCACCCCUAGUUGGAGAAGAAAACAAUUCCUGAAAGGCUGCCUGUUCACAUUUAUUUGAUGGAGUUGAAAUCAUACUCCAAUUUGGCUGAACUGUCGAACACCCAGACAGUUUGAAGCUAUACCCCUAAAACAGUGGCUCGUGGCUACUAUGUAGCCACGUAGCCGCAUAGCCAUGCACUUAGCCGCAAGACAACUUUCAUGCUACUGUAACUCUUAUUUUGCAAACCACAUCAUGAGUCCCAUAGCCACAUAGCCACUGUUUUAGGGGUAUAGGUCAGAAGUGGCUGCAGUUACUCCCAUGAUUUUUACCUUCAUCAUCACCAUAAUCAAUUUGAUUAAUUUCUAGGAAAACAAAAACACUGGGAAGAUAAGGUUGCAUCCAUGUUUCAAGAAGGAAUGAAGCCUGGGAAAGAGACUCGCAUGCCAGUGGUACCACUUCCAGUCCCCUCUCUGCCCCCAACCAUGACGAGUUGCAGUUGCAUAAAGAUAUCAUAUUUUCUACAGGUAAUUUACCCAUUAUCUGUCCAUUUAGCUGAAUUUUUUAAAAUAUCUGAUGUUUUUUUUGUUUUGACGACUGUCGUUUGCUGCCUUGCCAACAUUUUUCCAUUAAGACAAACCAACCAUAGUUAUUCUGGUUUGAAUGACAGGACUUGCAUCUGGUGUGAAUUCAUCUGGUGAUGGAAUAUUUUUAGAAUGCAAGUUCUACUGACAAAUACUGGAAUCCAGUACCUGGAAUCCGGAAUCCACUGCGUGGAAUCCAGAAUCCAAGACUGUCUUGGAUACCGUUGCAUGGGGCGACCUGUUACUCAAAAGAAAUUUUGGCUGCUAGGAGGGGAAUACGAUAGGAUUAGGGCUCCCUCCUUCAUUCUUUUCGUUUUUUCUUUUGCCUUGAAACCUCGGCUAGCAAGGAACAAUUACGACUUUAAGUGCCGAGGUUUAUUUCAUUCAUUAGCAAACGAAUCCUGAAAAUGUUCAAAUAAGGUGAGUUGGAAUGCCAACAAAAAAAUAUUCUCCCCACUGUCUUUCAUACAUACGUACUGAGAAGUGUGCAGAGUUGAUAUAAAAUCGAGUUAAACGCCAACAGUUGUAGGUCACUUCUAUUUCGUUGCUUAUUUUCUCUUGCCACCUUUCAACAGCUGAAAGUUAGAGUGAAGGGUGCCUUCAACUCAACAUUAAACAUUCCUAUCACAAUUGGCUCAGUUCCAUAUCGGCCGCCCCUUCAUCCAGCCCAAUACCCGCCCCCAGGUGUUGCUUUGACACCUAGCGCCCCACCACUGGCGGGAUUUGACGCAGCAUCAGCGUAUCCACCAGCCGCUACA